CGCCUUUUUGUCCUCGGUGGCUUCCCGUAGUCCUCAGUCUACGCGCGCAGUUCCUGGUGGGAAAUUUGUAUCAUUUACAGAGGAGCUGUUUGUGUUUUUCCCCCGCAAAGCAUGGCUCUCAACUAUCAGACGUCCACACUUUCUCUGACUUUGCCGAUUUCGUGUCAAAUAUGUCUCGGAAAGGUCAGACAGCCGGUCAUUUGUGCGAACAACCACGUGUUCUGCUCGUCCUGCAUGGAAAUGUGGUUAAAGAAAGCCAACCAAUGUCCGUCCUGCCGGGUCCCCAUCACAGCGGAAAGCCCCUGCAGAGAAAUCAUCGGAGGAACGAAUGAGAGUGAUCACAGCGACAACCCUCGCAUGAGGAAAUGCCUCCGAAAAACCAGAGGAGAACUGCUCCUGCGGGAGUAUGAGGAUGAAAUUGAAGGGCUGAUCAGAGAAAAUGAAGAGCUGAAAAUGAAAAAUCAAAGCCUGGAGUCCCAACUAAGGACUGCUCUGGAUCCCUGCAGCAUUAACACAGUGCAAACAGAUGACAAGAAAUUUGACCCCGCUGUCCUGGAGGAAUGGACCAACAAGCUGCGAGCUGCAACAGAUGUUUGCGAUAAAAUAAAGCAGGACAUGGAUAAACUCAAGGAGGCAAAUAAGACCUUACGUUCUCAGAAUGUGGACCUUGUACAAGAAAAUAUGAGAUUAAAGGCAGAAGUGGUGAGCAGGUCUCCUCAGAAGUUUGGUCGUUACACAGUUGCAGCGCUGGAAGCUAAAAUCCAGCAGUAUGACCGUGAGGCGGAUCACUUGAAGAGGGCUCUGGAGCGCAGUGACCAGUACAUUGAGGACCUGGAGUCUCGCGUCACAAAGUCUGAGAAGAGACACCUUGAUGUGCAGGAGGCGUGUGGGAGCGGCAAGGCCGAGUCUGAAACUUUAACGCAGCAACAGAAGAUCAACAUGAUGCUGAGGAGCUUGAGUGACAACGAGAGGCAGCUCAUUUGCAGCAAUCCGGAGGCAGAAGGUCAGACAUUUUCAAGGAAUACCAGUUUGGUGUUCAUGCCAACUGCAGAUCACAAAGAGUUGAAUAAGAGUCUGACCGAUGAGCAGAAAAAGGAGGACUUGGAAAGCGCCUCCUCCGACUUUUUGCCCAACACUCCGUCCUCUGCCUUCCGGUCCCUGACUCUUAAAAGCCCUGGCAUCCGGGAGAAGAAAGUUGCAUUCAAACCUGUGUCUCACCUGAGAAGGCUGGACUUUGAAGACCUUCCCAGUCCAGGCAAGAGUGGCAGCACCACAGAGAACCUAUUCAGCAGCCUUGACAAGAUCCCUAAAGUCCUGCCACAAGAUGCUCACAUACAACCCUCAAAUGCUGCCUUCUGGGGUGGCUGGCAGAAAUCUAAAUCUAACGACCCAUCGUGUGCAGUUACAGGUGAAGAGAGCCCUGUUGAAGAAGUCACAUCCUCUAAUCCAGUAGGUGAUGAUUCGGAUAGCUUCCAGAUGACCAGUGAGGCCUCCAUGGAUGCAGCAUACCUUGAUAAAAUCUCUGAGUUGGACUCCAUGAUGCUCGACGGAGAGAGCUCCAGCAGCCGAGGGUCGCAGUUCUCCCUGGCCUCGUCCGCUUCGGCAGACUUGGACAACACUCUCAUCCCAGAACCACAAACCUGCCACGAUAAGAAACCCGAGUUACAGUGCGAACGUGAGAAGAACUCGGCGAGCGAGAGCGUGGAUGGCACCGUGAACGACAAGGAGCCUUCAAGGAGCUUUGCAGAGGUGUCAGGUAGUGAAUGUGCAGAGCCUUCCCAGACUGAUGAACUGUCUUUUGAUUUGCUGUUUGAUUCACUGGAGGAGAAUAAUGCUGCUGGUCCCUCUGGCUCUCUAAAUCCAGCAAGCCAAGACCAGGAUCAGGUAAACUCCUCCUCCUCCUCCUCAUCGUCCACCUCCAGCUGCAGCGGUAAACCUGUGAACAUAAUAAGAGAUAGACACGCACUUAACAUCAGCCAGCCGACAAAGAGAAAAUCCCACAGUCCCUUUAACACAAGCAGUCCCACAAAACUGUCAAAGCUCAUGUGAAGGUUUUAAGAAAUAUUAACUCCCAUGUUGCUGCAGUAAAACAAUAUAAAUGUGAUGCUAAGUGUAACUUAUUGUUUGUUAAUGCUAGUUUGACUGCUGUUAUAUUGUAUGACUUAAUACAUGAGAUAAGAAGUCUGACAGAAAUAUUUUUGUGUAGGUCUCAGUAAAGGUCUUUAGUGACUGCUUGUCAGUAGGUUUCAUCUCCAGACAAACACUUCUGUGCUGCUUUUUGUUCCACAGAAGGGCUUCACAUGUAAGCUGAGACGUGUGUAAAAUAUUCUACUGGUAUGUGUUUGUUCUUUCAUUAAAUAAGAUCCUCAUGGUAAUCUUUGAAGACUGGCUGAAAAGUGAGGAUGGAUGAACAUGACAUGUGAUGAAUUGCAAUGUAAGGGUGACUUAGAAAAUAAAAUAGUAAUGCAAUGACAAA